AUGUCACAAGACAAGAAACAAAUUACAUUCUUUCAGAGCUCCUUAAUCGGAGGUACUGCUGGUUGUAUAGCAAAAACCAUUGCAGCUCCAUUUGAAAAUGCCAGGAAUUGGGUCAAACUUCCUUUGAAUCAUAACAAGAGUUUCUCGGAAUACUUAAUCAGAGUGAUAAAGGACGAAGGUGUAUUGAUUUUUUGGAAAGGUAAUCUUAGAAGUGUUAUUAAAUACUUUCCUUUGCAAUCGUUGAACUUUUCCUUCAAUGAAGAAUAUAAGAGAUUGUUUGUUGGUGGUUGUUCCCCGAAACAAGAGCCAGUAAAGUUUUUCAUUGGUAGUUUGAUGGCUGGUGGUGCUGCUGGUGCGACAUCGAUGCUCUUUGUAUAUCCAAUGGAAUAUGCCCGUUUUUCGUUGGCUGUUGAUACCUAUACUGUAAUCCCGAGUAAAUUCAAAGGUCUUGGCAAUUGUAUCUCUUACAUCUACAAGAAUGAAGGUGUGCGUGCAUUCUACCGUGGUUUUGGUCUGUCUGCCACAAGUGGCUUUGUAUACCGCGCCACCUUCUUUGGUGGUUACGAUUCAGCGAAAGAACUGCUCCUCAGCGAUCCAAAGAAUGCUAACAUCUUACAGAGCUGGGCAAUAGCACAGGUUGUCACUACUGUUGCUGGUAUCGCAUCUUAUCCAUUCGAUAUGGUUCGUAGACGUAUGCAAAUGCAAUCUUAUCGUAAAGAUAAUCGUUACACUGGCGCUGUUGAUUGCUACAAAAAGAUCGUUAAAAACGAAGGUGCAUCUACAUUGUUCAGAGGUGCUUUCACCAAUUCCAUUAGAAAUUCAGGUGCUGCGCUUGCCUUGAUGUCAUCUAAAUCAAAAGAUAAAGAUGGUGUUGUAAAGACACCAUCGAAAUCAGAUAAAGAUAUAAAGAAAGAAAAAAAAGAGAAAGAGAAAGAAGAUAAGGAGAGAGAGAGAAAAGAGCGAAAGGAAAAAGAGAAACAAGAGAGACGCGCUGUCAAAGAGGCAAGAGCAAAAGCAAAGUCUGACAAGAAAGCCAGUAAGAAAGCGGGUCGUGAUCGAUCCGGUAGUGAUGUCAGUGUAGACGAUUACACGAGUGAUACGGACACCGAUCAAUCAUCAGAUUUAACAUCAUCGUUAGGAUCAUCGAGAAACAAUAACAACGGUGAUUUAGAUUCUCUUCUUGGAACAAGUGGUGGCGGUAACAAUAACAAUAGCAACAAUUCACAAAGAGAAACAGUCAACAGUACAAACAGUGGAAUUGGAUUGCUAUCGAAUAGCAACAAGAAGAAUGAGGAGCAAAAGGAGAGAGAGCGCAGUGACAAGGCAAAGGAGAUGUACGACGGUGUCGACUUGUUCACGUCGGAGAACUUCUUGAUUGCGUUGGCCGAUACCGAUCAUCUCGGUCCCGCUAUCAAAUCGAUGUUCGAAUCGAACAAGGAGAAGGAGGUGAUCGAUAGUCUCAAUGAGUACAUUCAAUCAAAGGACAAGGAUAUCGAGAAGAUCUGCGGUGACAACCACGAAGGAUUCAUCAAUUCGGUUACGACGUUUCUCGGCUUGAAGGAAGACAAUCUAACGUUGAAGCAAUCGAUCAUUCAUCUGAAUUACGAACUGCAGGAACUAGGCACAAAGUACACCAACAAGGCCGACGAGAUGCUUGCACACAAACGAACCAAAGACAACAUACGCGGUACCAAAGAGAUCAUCAACAACUGUCAGUAUGCCAUACAGCUCGGAAUGAAAGUAGAAGAGUUUGUAAAGAACAAACGAUACUUCCUGGCAAUCAAGAAUAUGGAUCAAUUACACAAUGUCUAUCUUAAACGUUUAUCAGAUUUUCAAUUUGCAAGAAAUAUGGAUUCAAAUAUACCAGUUAUAAAAGAGAAAAUAAAGAAAUUGGUAAAAGAUGAAUUCAAUAGUUGGAUGGUUGAGAUCAAAGAGAAAUCAGCGAAAAUAGGUAGAUUCGGAAUGAUUCAGUCGGCAAAGAGAUUGGAAAAGGAACGAGAGAUCAAUCCACUAAAGAUUAAAACAAUGUUUGGUGAGAAUGAAGAGGUUUGGGAUAGAAUAUUAGAUAUUCCUUACAAUGUAAAUACUAGUGCAAUAGGAUCACUCUCCUCCACUCAAACACCUCUAUCACCUUCAUUCGUAAGUGUAACCGAUACAUCAAAAGAAGAUAUCUCUCAAAAGUCACCAUUUGAUGAAGUAGAUAUAAAUUUCCAUCCUUUAUAUCAAUAUGGUUGUUCAGCCAAAGGAGUAUGGUCAGGUGUGGGAGUCGUUCCUUCAGCAGAUUGCCGGCUAUUUCAUGGUGGAGAGCAAGGUGAUGGGAUCGACACAUCCACAUCUCUCAAAGACAACCAUCAACGAAUGUUGGAAUAUGGCGCUGGUAAAGAUCACCUCGGUACUCCAAGAGUUGUUUACGCACUGCCACGACACACACUCACUCAUCUCCUUCAAGAAGUUCGUUCUGGUGUUCACCAACACCCUCUCGUUCUACUCGUAUCACGUGCAACCACUGCUCUACCUGCUCGACACCAUGAAGGAGCGUUACUGCCAAUUCGCGAUUCGCGAAGGUGUCGAGCUGUUCACACGCAUUCUCGAGUCAGAGUCGAGUGUCAAUCUCUACGUGGAGACCGUCGCUGA